UCAUGCAUUGUGGGACCAAUUAGAUUUUCUUGUCAUGGGGCCCAAAAUUCCUGGCGGCGCCCCUGAUGAUAAGUUUAAUACUAAUGAUGCAUUACUAGCUGACACUUAACUAGCUUGUAUGUCCAAAACAGGUUGCUUGCUAAGUAUCCAAAGUGCUUUGACACAACAUUUCUGCCAGAUAAGAAAUAAGAACACAACGAUGCAGUGAGUGUGAGAGAAAAACAGCCAUGCUCGGUUAAUUAGCAUAAUGAGAAAAUAACAGUUGUCCUGUCUCUAUUUAAGGACAGGGCCCCUGGCCCCAGCUCAGAUGGCAUCACAACACCAUGAUUCAUGUUAAUAGUGUUAGACUAAUACUAAAUUGUUUUAAUGGAAAUGUCUAAUUUAUAGUUCAUUAUUUUAAUAAUCCGGUCAUUCAGUCUGGUCAUCAAUCACGUCAUUUUAUAAAUCAAGUAGAAAUGCCAAACAUUCUCUGGUUUAGCAUUUUAAGCUUCUCAAAUGUAAGAACUUGAACUUUUCUCUUUUGUGUCACUGGAAAUUAAAUACUAUGGGUCUCUAUCUAUGUGUUUUGUAUUCACUUUGUGCUCCAGGAUUUAGUUAUGGACAUUUGUCACAGUUGACAUAUUUUAGACUACACUGUGUCUUUAGUUCAGAUUGAAUGAGUUCAAAAGUGUAACGUUAGCUUAUUCUACCGCACUCUGCUUUGUACCUUUUUGGUGGAUUGUGCUUCAAAAGCUCAUAAUUUGCCAUGUACUUAUCCUGCAACUUGUUUUUUCAUUUCUUAAAUUUUUUUCUUUGGCUGAAAAUGUCCUUGUUUUCUUGUUGCUCUGAUCGUUAAAGAAAGACAACAUUCAUUUUACCAUUUAGGGUUAUAAGACAACAGAUGUAUGCAGAAUGUCUAAGAACAAUACAUUGUUCUGAAGUCUGAAUUUGCCAUACAUCAGCGGCAGCAACUGAUGUAAAUACAAAGUACUGCCAUCACAUUUUAGCUGACCAAAGAUCUUUUAAAGAAGAGGAACCAGACUGAUCUGGUGCAGAGAUUGUCAGACAUGAGCUCAGGAACCAAAGAGAAACACCGUGUGGAUGAACAGGGGCCUUCGCUGAUCCAGAGAGUGGAAACGAUGGCGUCUGUUAUAGAGCUGCUUCUGGAAAUGCUGGCAGAUUUGAGUGACAGGGAGUUUCAGCUGUUCAAGGAUUUCCUGCUUCAAACAAACUUCCACAGACACUUCUUAGACAUCCCACAGAAGUUGCUCAUAAUGAGAGACCGUCAGGACACGGUGUUUUUAUUGGUGCAGCGCUAUGGCGAACAGUCUGUGGAGAAGACAAACAAGGUUUUAAAGAGGGUGAAGAGGACUGAUCUGGUGCAGAAGUUAUCAGACAGCAGCUCAGGACCCAAAAGAAAACCCUCUGUCGAUGAACGCAUGUCUGCACUGAUCCACAAAGUGGCAACGAUGACGGCUGUUAAACAGCUGCUUUUGGAAACACUCUCAUAUUUGAGCUACUGGGAGCUGAAGAAGUUCAAGUGGUUGCUGCGGUUUAGGUUCUUCCCGAGGAGCUUUCCAGACAUCUCAUGGAAAGUGAUGCUCAUGACAGACAGGAGAGGCGCAGUGGUGGAUAUGGUGAUGGAGAUGUGCGGUCAGCAGUCUGUGGAGGUGACCAAGGAGGUUUUCAUGGACAUGAACAGGACUGAUCUGGUGCAGAGGCUGUCAGAGACCAGCUCAGGACCUACAGCUGCAGGAUCAUCAGCUGAAGCAUUUGGUACCACAGAGAAAGAAAAUCACUCUGCAGAUGAACAUUGGCCUGCACUGAUCCAAGAAGUGGAAAUGAUGGCGUCUGUUAUAGAACUGCUCCUGGAAACGCUGGCUGUUUUGAGUGACGGGGAGUUUAGGAACAUCAAGAAAGUCCUCCUAAAACAAUUUCACUUGCGCAGACGUUUCCUAGACAUCUCAUUGAUGCAGCUGGAGACAAUAGACAUGCAGGUUGCAGUGUUUUUAAUGGUGCUGGUCUACGGCCAACAGUCUGUGGAGAAGACAAAGGAGGUUUUAAAGAGGAUAGAGAGGACUGAUCUGGUGCAGAGGUUGUCAGACGGCAGCUCAGGAUCCAAAAAGAAACCUUCUGCACUGAUCCAGACAGUCGCAACAAUAGCAGCUGUUGAACAGCUGCUUUUGGAAACCCUGAAUGAUUUGAGUAAUGAAGAACUCAGGAAAUUCAAGGAGUUCCUGCAGUGGAUUGUCUCCCAGGACCUCCCAUACAUCUCAUGGACGUUGAGACACACAGACAGAGCAGAAAUAGUGGAGUUGAUGGUGAAGAACUACGGCCAACAGUCUGUGGAGGUGACCAAGGAGGUUUUCAUGGACAUGAACAGGACUGAUCUGGUGGAGAGGUUGACAAAGCCCAGCUCAGGACUCAAAGAGAAACACUCUGUGGAUGAACAUCAACCUGCACCAUUCGAGAGAGCAGCUGUUAAACAGAUUCUUUUGGAAACCCUGGAGUAUUUGAGUCUUAUGGAGCUCAAGAAAUUCAUGCGGUUGCUGCAGUUUACGUACUUCCAGAAAAGCCUCCCACAAAUCCCAAGGAGCAAAGUGGACGGGGUAAACAGUGCGCAUGUACUAAUGAAUCUGAUGGUGCAGACCUGUGGCCAGCAGUCUGUGGAGGUGACCAAGGAGGUUUUCAUGGACAUGAACAGGACUGAUCUGGUGGAGAGGUUGUCAGAGACCAGCUCAGGACCCAAAGAGAAACAUCUGUCUAAACAGUUCCAGAAAAAAGUGAACAUGACAUCACUUCAGAGGAAGCUUUUCGAAACACUGGAAGAUUUAAGUUUUGGGGAGCUCCAGCAAUUCAAGUGUCUCCUGCAGCACAAACACGUGAACGAAGGCCUCCCAAGAAUCCCAAGACACCAGAUAGAGAUGGCAGACAGAUUUGAAAUAGUGUAGCUGAUGGUGGAGAUCUACGGCCAACAGUCAGUGGAGGUGACCAGGGAGGUUUUAAAGAAGAUGAGCAGGACUGAUCUGGCGCAGAAGUUGUCAGACAUCAGCUCAGGAUCUAAAGAAUACAUGUGGACAGCCAGGCAGCCAAUUGAACGGAAGGUUUUAAAGAAGAUGAACAUGACUGAUCUGGUGCAGAAGUUGUCAGACAUCAGCUCAGGAUCUAAAGAAAACAAUGGAUCAUACUGUCUUUAAUGAUCCCUGGACUUUUCCUAGAGUGCCACCAGCAAGUUGGAUGGAUUACCAUGACAUCUUAUACAUACAUUUGUGGUGCUUAGAGGAUUAAACCAUAAUCACUUUGGUGAUUGGCUGACUUUUCAUCUGGCACAACCAUCAGGGCCUUCAAGGAGUUUGGAGCUUGAGGCUUGUGGAACCAUUAUGCAGGACUCCAGUGACUGGACUAAACUAAUACCUGAAGUGAACAGUAAAGGUGCAGA